AUGGCCACCCUCACCGCCACCGCCGCCGUCGCCUCCUCCUCCGUCGCCAUCCGCCCGUUCCGCUCCCACAAGCCCUCCCGCGCGCCCGCCGGGGUCCGGUGCUCCGUCGCCGAGGGCCCCGCGAUCUCCCAGCCGAGGGCCGCCGGCGGGGGACUGGUUGAUUGCGUGGUGGUCGGGGGCGGGAUCAGCGGGCUCUGCAUCGCCCAGGCGCUCGCCACGAAGCACCGCGACAGGGCCCCCGACGUGGUCGUCACCGAGGCCACGGACCGCGUCGGCGGCAACAUCACCACCGUCGAGAGGGACGGCUACCUGUGGGAGGAGGGCCUCAAUAGUUUCCAGCCAUUCCGAGGUUUGUACGUUCCCAUUCCGAGGUUUUUCACUUGGGAAUGUUGUUUGAAGAAUUUGAAGCGAUAUUUGGGGAGCCCAAGGUGGAAUGGUCGAGCGGAGGAGGUCAUCCGCUGCGGCGGUUGUUGUAUUAUGUCCACGCUCCGGACCCUUCUCACCUCAGGAUCCACGUCACGGAUUUCCACUCCAACACUUGGGAGGCCAUUCGCUCUGUUCAUCAGCUCGAGGACAUGGGGCUACAUCUGCAAAGUUAGUUGCUCAGAAAGCCAAAGGAAUGCCAUUGAUAUUUGUUACUCUUGUAAAACUUGUGGAUUUUGCUGCAAGGGAGGUGAUGGGCAACCUGUCAAUGCAGCUAUUCAUGGCAUUCAAGAACACUCAGACUUCACUUGCAUUCCUUGAUAGGCGAGUGAUCUUUACACUGUUGACCUUAUUGUAUGUUUUGCUAUCAGUGAACCUAUAAAAACUGGUAAUGGACCAUCCUCUACUGAAAAUUGUAGAUGAGGGUCGAGAUCAUAUCUCCUUUGGUGCCCUGAACCAAUGUAAUGAAAUGUAUGAAGUGAUAUUAAAUUGCCAAUCCAGCAUUCUUAUCACUGAUGCAAUUGCUGGAUUCCAGAAAAUGCUCUGCAUUGAUCCUAGAAGAAGCAAGAUGCUCUGCAAGAACUUCACGAUCUUAUUACCUCGAAGAGAUCCCGAGCAUGGCAAAAUACCCUUGAGAGGAUUAUGUUCAAGUACAUUGAGCUAUGUGUUGAUAUGCGGAGGGGGAGAUUUGCCAAGGAUGUUCAAGUACAUGGAAAAUGUAGAUGAAUGUAUUUCAUUUUCAUAUUAUUAUAAUAGUUUGAUCACAUUGAGCUAUAUGUUCAAGUACAUGGAAAAUGUAGAUGAAUGUAUUUCAUUUUCAUAUUAUUAUAAUAUUUUGAUGUUAUUAAGUGCUUAA